AUUUAAAAAGUUAUCAGUGCCCUGCUGACCUGCAGAGCGCGAGGCCGUCUUUAUCUCACAAGACAGUUGACAGUCGAUCUUCUGUUCGCAAACAUGCGCAUUUUGCUCAUCUGCGCUUUGUUUCAAUAUGCAUUCGCACAAGUUGGUUUUGGAACAUCCUAUUUAAGAAAUUCGCGUUUGUGUCACCAAUGGAACUGUAUAAACGAGAAGUUAGGUCUUACAGACACUUUACCUCCUAGAGAGCAGUUUACCAAUAUUCUAGACAAUCUAUUGCCUGCAGAAUGGCACGACGCAGGUCUAGAGGCACUAGACACGUGCUAUAGCAACCGGACAAGGAGGUACACGAACACGUGCCCCGGACAAGCACUAAUGCAUUGUGUUGUCGAUAAUCUUAUGGCGAAUUGUCCCGGUGACAAAUGGACCAAAGAAGAUGGGUGUAACCCGGUGUCCGCUUUAGCUGGAAGUAAAUAUAUGUUUUCUCAAAGUCGUUAUGUAAAUCUACAACAGAAUAUACAAAAAGAACGCCGUCCGAAAUGGUUCUUAGAGCAUUACUUCAGCACGAAAUGCUGCGAUUUACCGCAGCUGUUCAACUCCACAGUACUGACUGAAUGCGGCUUUGACACUUUCCUGCUCUACCACUUGCACGAUCCACAAAUUGACGCGCAUUUGCCAUCAGAACACAUCAGACCAUUAUCAUCGAAUCAUCUCCGUGCAUCUAUAUCUCACUUUAUCCCGGUACGAUCACAUAAGCCGGCAGACACAGCCACCACAGAUUUCGGUGGAAUAGAGGAAAAUGAAGCGGUCAAUGAUCCUCUUGACUGCUGUGAUAUGACAGACUUUAUACUACCGGAGUGGCGCGAGGAAUGUGCCUUCCAGUUGUCCUGGCACCGCCAUGACAGGCUGGUCAUCAAUGAGGCGCGGCAACCUGUCACCGACCCUCCUGUCAUCACAGAGACCAAUGAACCUAAAGUGACAGACGUCAAGAUUGUACCUCAUUCGUGCGAGAUAGAGACGUGUAUAUUCAGCAAGCUAGGUGUAGUAUCAUCAGGCGUGGUGGACACGCUCGCUCUCUCGCGGCUGUUAAACAACAUAACUGGAGAUGGUCACUGGGUGAGGGCGAAGGCGCGCGCGGACUCCCACUGUCUGACCAAACUAGCCACGUACGAAGCGGACUGUGAGAUCAAUAAAGUGCUCGCUUGUGUACUGGAUGUACUUACUGAGAAUUGUCCUGAUGCUAAAAAAGACGAUCCUUGCAAACAUUCAAACGGCUCACACAACAAUAUAACUUGUCAAAUCAGUUCAUCUAAAUUUAGACCGCGCAAGCGUCGUCAGUUAUGCAAUGUCCCUGAGUUUGUGGAUAUGAAGAUACUAAAGGAAUGUGGUGUGGAGACAGUAGUGCGUAUUGAACACGCGCCCGAGACUCCCGCACUCAAACGAGGCUGGACUGAAGGGGGAAAGUGCAAAGAAGAAACACCUUCAACGACUUGCAUAAUGCGUAAAAUGGACAUCUUGAACAAAUACAAUUUUAUAGAUUAUUUCAAGCUGAAGGAGCGCUUACGUAACUUCUGUCAAGGCGUGUGGUAUCCGAUGCGUAAUGCGUACAGCGCGGCGUACAAUGCGGCGCCGCUGUACGCGCAGCAUUGCAGCUCGCCGAACAAACUGCUCAAUGUACUUGAUACAAUGCUGGCUACAUGUCCCAUAUCGAAGAGAAGACGAGGAGAGAACUGCAUGAGAAUAUUCUCCGAGCUGACAACUUCCUUACCUGGAUAUCAUCAAGAAAUUAGCAACGCAACACUAGAAGAUUUACUGCGUCGAUUCCAACAUAUUUUCUUACCUGGACAAAUCCCUCAUAUAAGUCCAACUAAUACCAGAUUAGUAAAGUAUCCCAGAUAUUUAUUUAACUAUGGGUUUUUGGGUUCCCAAGAUGAGCCUGUAGUGAGAGUUAUAGAUGUUAAACCAACUCCUCCAGUGGAAAAGCCUUUGAUUCUUCUGCCUGUGUACCAAAGGAUGAAAGGAAGAUCUUACAAUAAUGAUGGGAUAUGGCGCGGAUCUCCGGUACAAUGAAUAUUAUAUAAUAAAUAAAUUUAACCGUGGGUUUUUAUUGCCUAAAUACAUCUCUAAAAAAAUAUUUACUC